GCACACGCGCGCCGGGGCCGCGGGGAGGAAGCCCGGCGCGGGCUGCGGAGGGCGGCGGCCCUGCCCGCGGCCGCUGGCGCUGCGGACUCUGCCCGGGCCAGGGCGGCGGCCGGCCGGAGGGCGACGUGGAGCGGCCACGUGGAGCGGCCCGGGGGAGGGCCCGGCGGCGGCGAGCCGAGGCGCGGCCGGCGCACAGCCUCCAGCCGCCGCGAAGCCGGACCCCAGCCCUCGCCGCGCCGCCGCAGUUCAGUUCCAGGAUGUUACCUUUGACAGUGAGAGUGUUAGUGCUGCUGCUGCCCUUGGGUCAGGCCGCUCCCAAGGACGGAACCGUGAGGCUGGAUCCUGACCUGCAGCAGCAGCCCUUGCCCAACCCCUUCCAGCCAGGCCAGGAGCAGCUCCGGCUUCUGCAGAACUACCUACAGGGACUGGAGAAGAUGGAAGAGGAGCCGGAACACAUGAGCCGGGAGCAGGUUCUCCUCUACCUCUUUGCCCUCCACGACUAUGACCAGAGUGGACAGCUGGAUGGCCUGGAACUGCUGUCCAUGUUGACCGCAGCUCUGGCCCCUGGAGCUGCUGAUUUUCCUACUGCCAACCCGGUGAUCCUGGUAGUGGACAAGGUGCUCGAGACCCAGGACCUGAAUGGGGAUGGGCUCAUGACCCCUGCAGAGCUCAUCAACUUCCCAGGAGAGGCCCCAAGCCACACAGAGCCCAAAGAGCCUCUGGAGCCACAAGAUGUCGGGAGGCAGUCCCUGGUAGCUAAAAGCCCAUCAAGACCAGAAACGCAGGAAGCCCUGGGUCCUAGAGGAGAAGAUGGG